AUGUCAAGCCAUCAUAAAAUUACAGGCUACUCUCAAAUCAAUAAGGAAUACUUUGAUUUUACUUGGGUAAUAAGGGAAUUUUUACUAAUUCUCGCAAACGAACCGGCAAGCCUGUGUUCGCCAAUAUUCCAAGUCGGUAGUGAUGAUGCAAGUUUACAAUUACGAUUCAAAAAAAUCAAAAAAUUGGCUGUUGAGCAAUUUGUUUGUCUAUAUAUAGAUCUGGAUGGCAUUGAUAAAACAUUUUCUUACGAAAUAUCAGUUAUCAAAGAUGACAAAAUUAUUUAUACCCUAGUUGAUUUUUUCGAUGAUGAGCUGAUAGGAAUACGAACAAAACAAGUUUUUCAAAUGAAUCGUAAUGAUAUAAGCCAAUUUAUUUCAUCCACGGGUACUGUAAUCAUUCGCUGUGAGCUAAAAUUGGCAACGGGAAGUACGGAACACCUUCUAGACAAUGAAUCCCGCGAUGCGAACGAGGUGCCAAAGCUAAAAUUCGAUUGGAUAUUUCUUAACGAAAAUUUGACCGAUGUCAAGCUACGAACCGCAUCUGGAAAGGAGGUCCCGGCACAUAGACUCAUGCUCGCGGCGGCCAGUCCAGUAUUUAGAGCUAUGUUUACCCAUGACAUGUUGGAAAAUAAAAGCCAAUCAGUUGAUAUGAUCGAUAUUAGUUAUGAUGCUACCGUAGAAAUGCUGCGAUACAUCUACACGGGUGCCGUCGAAACUCAAGAUUGUUCAUUGACUGCUGAAAUUCUGGCCGCCGCUGAAAAGUAUCAGUUAAAAGAAUUGAAAGAUAGGUGCGAGCGCAUAUUAGGCUCCAAUUUAUCUACUGAAAAUGCCAUUGAUGUUUUAAAAGUUGCUGAUAAAUAUAGCAUGAAAAAUUUGAAACGAAAGGCAGUCGAUUUUUUUAAGCAUAAAGUGAACGAAUCUUCGGACUCUGAUAAAGUAGGUACUAUGAUCAUCAGAAUGGCAGACUUUCUUUCGAAGUAA